CACGAUUUUGAAAAUUCAUCAAUUUUUUAUAUGAAUUGGAAUCGAACUCAAACUUUUCGACCGUGAAAUAACUACAAUGUCUUGAAUUCACAAAACGUAUAGAAGUUUCCAUCCAUUGACUUUAAAAUGAUUUUGAAUCUUCUUUCGAAGUGUUUUUUGCUUGAUCUCUGUGCAAACGUAGGGACUGACGUUUUUUCCUUUGACUUGAGAUUCAACACCACGCCUGGGCCUUAUAAAUAUCUGAUAAUUUGAAUGCCUUCUCAACCAAUUUCAGAUCCUCGCCUCUAGCCUCGACUUGUACAAGCACAGUACCAUGUCUGAAACUAAGCCCACCUUAGCGCCACUUUUAACGCCCCACCAAAUAGGUCCUUUCAAUUUAGCUCACAGAGUGGUUUUGGCUCCUCUGACCAGGCAAAGAUCCUACAACAACAUUCCUCAACCGCAUGCAAUUUUGUACUACUCUCAGCGAACAACCCCCGGCGGCUUGUUGAUCGCUGAGGCAACGGGGAUUUCUGAUACUGCUCAAGGGUUUGUGGAUUCGCCUGGAAUAUGGACACGGGAGCAGGUUGAAGCGUGGAAGCCCAUUGUGAAGGGUGUGCAUGAGAAGGGGGGAAUUUUCUUCUGUCAAAUAUGGCAUACCGGAAGAUAUUCUCAUGUGGAUUAUCAGCCCAAUGGCCAAUCUCCAGUUUCGUCCUCAAGCAAACCAAUAUCUGGAAAAAUCUCUUUACCGAAUCGAAAGGAUGUGGCAGACUUCUCAACUCCUCGGCCUUUGAAAACAGAGGAAAUUCCCAAUAUUGUCGCAGAUUUUCGAAAUGCUGCCAGAAAUGCUAUUGAUGCGGGGUUUGACGGUGUUGAAAUCCAUGGGGCCCAUGGGUUCCUUCCCGACCAGUUCAUGAAGGACAGCGUAAACGAUCGAACCGAUCGCUAUGGAGGAACAUUGGAGAAUCGUUGCAGAUUUACACUUGAAAUUGUUGAAGCAGUGGUGGAUGAAAUUGGAGCAGAGCAUGUGGGAAUUCGGCUUUCUCCCUUCCUUGAUCCCCAUGACUCAAAUCCGGAGGCGCUGGGAGUUUACAUGGCAGAGGCUCUGAAUAAAUACAAUAUUUUAUAUGCGCAUUUAGUUGAGCCCAGGAUGGAUAAUUUGGGGGGAACGAUAGCGAGUGAAAAGAGCCUAAUUCCGAUCAGGAAAGCAUUCAAGGGAACAUUUUUGGCUGCAGGGGGUUAUGAUCGAGAUGACGGGAACAAAGCUGUUUCCAGUGGCAAAGCAGAUUUAGUGGUUUAUGGGCGACUGUUUUUGGCAAAUCCAGAUUUGCCAAAAAGAUUUGAGUUGAAUGCACCACUCAAUAAAUAUGAUAGAGAAACAUUUUAUACUUCCGAUCCUGUCGUCGGGUACACAGAUUAUCCAUUCCUCGAAUCUUAGAACCUGGUUUUGAUUCGGUAGUAGUAUUAAAACGUUUUGUUAGUUUUAUGUGAGUCCUUGAAAGUUUUCAAGGAAGUUGUUCAAGAAUGUUAUACGCAUUUAAAUAAUACAUUGUAAUUUUUUUUAAUAUUAAUUAAUUAUUAUUUGCUAUUA